UGCAUUAUAAGGGUACAAUGGUAAACCAAGCAGAGGAUUCCACACGUUUCAAACGGCAGGCGCGAGAAUUCAGGGGGCUAUUCAUUGCUACUGAUUCACAUUCCAUCCAAUCACUCUCUCUCUCACACAAAACCUCUCUCAUCCCUCAACCCACGAUUGAAACCCUUUCUCUCCCAUUUGAAAACCUAGCACCUGCAAAAUCGUGGAGAUUCCUCUAUAAGCGACGGUUUGUGUCGGAAUCACGCCCUACGGUCGACGCACCAACGUUUCAAUCGGUGGAAGAUUUACAAUCGACAACAAGAUCUAUCAUGACGAAGAGAGGCCGACCUUACAAAAGCCAACCCACCACUGCAGCAGCGAAGCAGCCAAGGUUGGGAGACUUACUUCGGGGAGAGUGAGAAAGAUUGGGAGUGCGGCCUCAGCGCCAAGAGGACAAAGAGCUUGGAAAUGUUCCGAAUAAAGUUUGCAAAGACUCUGUUUACUUAUCCACAUAACUCCGGAGGUGGCAUCAACCAAACUCAUGCCACCAGGUUUUGGAGAGAGCGGCCGCCAAAGUUCAACUUCGAGAAGUGGGUCGAUGAUUAUGGGUUGGAUUGAUCGUAUGGAUAAUAAUUGGAAACGUUGUUUAUAUUACUUUUAACACCAUGUUUUUUUGGAUAGAUCAUUUUGGUAGGAAAAAAAGACUACUUGUUGCUUGGUC